AUGAAUCGUAAUAUAUGUACUAUUGCUAUCGGCAAUCUCUCUUAUGGUAAGGCAACAAAGUCCACGAUUUCUGCAAUUUCCUUUCCGAUACACAAAGUUGCCGUAAAAGUGCACUUGAAGCGUGUAGGCUUCUCGAUGGGCACAUUUAGUCCUGUAGGUCGAAAAUGUCUGCCUGACAUUGCGCAUGGGCGAAACAACAAGUGCUCGUGCUGUGAGUCAGAGCCCAAGUUGCAGUUGCUCGUAAGCGCUCUGUCGCGCUACCGCGUUAACCAGUUGGUGGAAGAUAUAAACAAUCCUGCAUUCCACAAUGUCGCACUCGGCUACCUCGGAACCUUACCAGGGCUCCUAAAACUUGCGCAAUUGUUAUUAGGAGCAGCGUGCGUCGGUGUUGUGGGGUAUUACUUAGAGCCAGGGUAUACCCGCUAUAAUGGACAGAAGCCAGAACUAUUUUACUUGUUGAUUUCUGUGACGUUCCUAAUUGGGACAUUCUGCUUACUUUUAUCAUGUAUAAUGUCUUUCUCGACGGCUACUAUGAUAUCCAAAACAUUGUAUGAAGUCAUAUACCACGGUGUUGCGUUCAUUCUAUACUUGUCAGCUGGUCUCACCCUUAUGAUUGAAGUCAACCAUCAAAAGAGUAGUUACAGGCAAGAUUUCGAGCCAUAUUUAGCAGCAGCGGUAAUGGGUCUGGUGAUGGCUGUUUUAUACCUGCUGAGUACGUUCCUAGCGAAUCGUUCCUAUCGCGGCAUU